AUUCCGCCUCAGUUUAUAACAAUUAUGUCUAAAAGCAUAAGGAACUGCAAUAAAAUAGGCAGUAAAGAUUUUGACAGCGAAGAAGGUUCUAGCAGUAGCAACAAUAACACAUCCACAAGUUCCAGUGACUUUGAAACUAGCAGGAAACACAAAUUACGUCGCAGAUCGUCUCGAAAUGUUUCAUAUCAUUAUCAAGCGCUACCCAUGCGCGUAGUUGGCGAAAAUGCUGUAACACUGGUGCAAACUCCCAGCUCCUCUCGUGAUAUAACUCUAAGCUCAGCUCAAAUAAUUGAAGACAGUUCUGAUUCGGAGUUUCACAUUUCGAACGAUACAAGCAGCGAUGAGCCGGCCAACAAAUCCAUAACAUUUACGGCACGUCCAUUAGAGAAAUAUGAUUUGGAAUAUAUACGAAAAUUACGUAAGCGCAGAAAGAAGCCGAAUAAAACUUUAUAUGUUGAUUAAUUUUCAAAUAACAACUGUUGGCCAGGGCUGUCAAAGCCAAAUGCCCAGUUAUUAUCCAACACUGGCUACCCAAGCCAGGGUUGGCUAGUGCGUUUUUGGAGUAGUGGUAAAUUUUUACGAGCAUAACUAUUUACACUGAUUUUAUGUAAAUAAAACAAACAAAACGUAGCAAAAUUAAGUGCAAAGUACUAUUCACCACCCAACACGAAACUACAAAAAACAAAACUUCGACUAGAACAACAACUGUGUUUUGGCAUUUUAAUCACAGCAAUUAAAAAAAAGCAGCUUAAAAACACGAAUAAUUACCCAUGCAGGAAUAGACCAACCGUAGUACCUAGUAUUGUGUAGAAAUUAAAAGUUAAAUCAAUUCGAACGAACGAAAUUUCAAACCCAGUUUGACCACCUACUAGUACACAAAUCACAAAAAAGAGUCAGCAGCCAAGAAAAUUCCUAGAAAUGGAGUCGCCACCAAUGUUCAAUAGUGUGGAAGAUGAGUGCAGAUAUUGGAAGGAACGAUCCAAGCAGUACCACAAAGAAUGGACAGACGUGAAACAGGAGUACGACGAGUUCGUGGAGCAGUCCCGCGAAAUGGAAAUAGAAAUGGACGCCACUCUGGACCAGAAGCAGAGUAUAAUCAAAGAUCUCACAGCCAAACUAACAAUGUUUGAGCGCGAAAACGAGUCUCUCAAGGUCAAGUUGGAGUCGCAUGGCAUCGAAAUGUCAAACAUGGAGAAGCAGCUGGAAACAGUGAAGAAGGAUCGCGACACCAUGAAGGUGCACCUGCGGCAGCUGGAGCAGAAAAAUGACGAUUUGGAGCGUGCCCAUCGCAUACUCAAUGAAAGCAUAGAGAAUUUCGAGAAAAUGCUGGAUCAGGCCUACGAAAAGAACGCCCUUCUAGAGCUGGAAGUGGAUGAAAAGGGAUUGCUGCAGGAAAAACUGCAGCGGUUGAUGGAUGAGACGAGAGAUCUCAAGCAAGAGCUGAACGUCAAGUCACGCUUCACCCCAGUGGUCAACGGAACGAGCAUUCCCACGGCAAACGACACAAAUACAGUCAACAGCUCGAUGAACUCGUCCGCCUCGCUGCCAAAUGGUAUUAUGGCCAACGGGGAACUGGUAAACCACGACAAUACUGUCGCCACAAGAGCCACCAGCGUCAGCGUCAACGCCCUCAAUGGCAGUUUAGUUAAUAGAAACGAAUAUAACCAGCAGCAUUCGCUUAAAAAUCCCGAGAACCAAAUCAAUGGCAAUUCCAUGAACCCCAGCUCCCGCACAACGGCGCUCAACAUUGUGGCCGACAUGUUAAGAAAACUAAACGCCAUGGAGACGAAGCUGAAGACGUACCGCGAGAAUGGUCAGCCCAUGCCGCAGCGGCAUCGCUCCUCCCAGCAGUCAACACAUCCGGCGCUGGCCGGACUGCCUUGUCUCUCGCUGGAUGCCGAGUAGUGUGGGUUACGGCCUCAGCGUGAUCCUCGAACCCAAACCUAAACCCAAGCCCAAUCUGGGGCGGGAUACUGUUCAGUUGGCUUUACGUUUACGUUACGUUACUUUAAUGUUACUGUUAGCAUUAAUUUAGCUACUGCUGCCUCUUUAUUUAUUUGACCUAACUUGACUUUGUAUAAACCCCUUGCGAUAUUAUAAAUUACACAACCGUUGAUGUUGUUGUUUCGAGCCCAACAUAUAACAUGCCUUAGUACGAAUUAAGUGUAUACCUAAGCUAAGUACCCACUCGGUUCGCUUUCGAUAUAAAUUGUUAACUCCAACGCAAUUGUUUUGGCAUACAAUGUGUUUAGCGACUAAGUUUAAAGUUGAUCAUGCAGCAGAGAAGCGAAGAAGCUCUGUCCAAGUAUUAUACUUCAAGCGGACAACCAAUACUCGUAGCGUUUAGGAAAAAGACAAGAUCUACCCGGAAAAAAGAAAUAUCAAAAAACGAUCAUCUAGUUAUAUUUUAACUAUCCUCAGAGCUAUUUUCUGUUUAUAUUUACGACCGAAUAUAAAUUUGUAAAAAUGCAAAAUAUUGCUGCGGCAAACUGUAUAAAGCAUAACAAAAAUCCAACGAACAGGCAAACAAAUUAUAUAUAUAUGUAUGUAUGGAAUAAAGAGCAAAUUAAUUAGUUUAAUAGAAACCAUACACAA